AUGGAUGGAUGGGAAAGUACUGCGUUCCACUCAAACUGUGAUUGGAAAAUACCGACAUUGACAGUUGUGAAAGUCGUGCAAAAUAACAAAACAUAUGUAUUUGGAGGUUAUUCGACCGUGACGUGGGCUGGAUCCAGUAAGAAUUUAAUUAUUAUGCUAAGCUAUAAGCUUAUAUAAGGUUAUAUAAGUAUAUUCUAACUUGUAAGGUUGAGUAUGCUGUCAAGGCGAUGGUCAUGAUUAUAAUUAUACCGGCCAAAUUGUGGCAUAUCCUUGCAAGGAAUUCAGUUGAAGUUGCAUACCAAGUUAGGAACAACGUCAGCGUCAUUGUUCUUCAAUCUGAUAGGAUAAAAUAUAACAAAUGAAAAAACCCUGUGAAAUAAGUUUUACCUAACGAAAUGGAAAUAUUCGAAUGAAAUCUAGCCUAAGCGAUGGCUUAAUUGUAUUUCUAUAUCGGAUGUUGCAAAAUUCUUCCCGGCCAUCUGCAAAUAAAAUUUAGACCUAUUCAACUGUUCAUAACAAACUCUCGACUGUCUUGAUAAUUAAAGACAUUCUCAAAUUUACCUUUACUCUUUUCAAGUUACGGGAAAAAAACUUUUUGAGAACUUUUUUUCUAUUUUAGGUUUAUAUUCCUUCGGUUUAAAUAUUUUCAAGAAGACAUUUAGAGAAUUUGUUGUUUAAAAUUCGGCACUGGUCGCAAGAGCAACUUUGUAAGGAAAUAAAGAUUCCAUCUUGUCUGUUCAUGGACAAUAUCGGAAAAUCCUGCCUCUUCAGCAUCCAAUCAAGUUGUUGGAUUUACCAAAACGAAUGUCAGCCAUAUAAUUAAAAGAAAUAUUUAUUAUCCUGACGUAAUAUUAUGAUUCAUUUUGACAGGGGGUUGGACAUCGGCUCCAGGUUCCUUUUUGUUCUCCAUGCGCAAUCAUGAUGACCUUCCGCCUUUCAAGGCUUCGCUAAAAGAUGAGAGUGAUGUUACGGUAAUUUACCAAGGAUCUGGACCAUGGUUUGGUUUCGACUUGUAUAUAUUUAUCAGGAAUGCUUGGUCAAGUGCGUAUUCAAAUCUUGGUGACUCGUUCCAACCUCCACCUGGUUACACUUUCAAUCAUUCCAACACACAAUCACUGCUUGCAGGGAGUCAUUACUUUACCCCAGAAGAAAUUGAAGUAUUAUAUCUCAACUAA